CAGAGAGUAAGACAGAAAGAAACAUGAAGUUGUUUACUUAAAAGCGUUUCUCUUAUUCAAUAGAUUCGCAGCAUCCAUUUCAGCGUCAAUCAAAAUAGAAUAACACAAUUAAAUCAAUUUAAAAAAUUGAAUUGAGCUCAGCGUAAUUGAUCAAAUCGAAAACAGUUUUGUUAUCUUUCUUUUGUCCGGGUGGCUUUUUUCUAAUUCGGAAGUGAUGAUGACUGAGGGUGGCCCGGAACCCUUCCACUCCUGGGAUCCGAACAACGUCUACAGUCUUCCGAAGUGUCUCCUCUGCGAACAAAACCCGAAAACUCCAGUUGUGCGGCCCUUGUCCGAUCCAGGUUUCGUGGCUGGCUCUCGACUGCUCAUAGAUGGAAGUGUCGAUCGCUUUUCGGCUGGCUUCACAGUGGACUUUGUAAGUGGAUCAGGAGUACCACAUUCCUCUGUGGCCUCUGGGAUCCCUUUGCGGUUCCAAGUGAGCAUGACUCAGAGCGAGACCUACUUGAGCGCCAAGAGAGGGGGGCACUGGGAGGUGAAGGACCUCACUAAUCCCAACAGUUUCUUUCCUUUUAUGGCAGAAGAGCUAUUCACUCUUCAGUUUGUUCACAAGAAUCGCUACAUUGAGGUGUUGGUUAACAAUCAGUUUCACACGGCUCUCAAAGUUCCCGCGAAUGAAAAAUUGACGAUGGUGGAAAUUUCUGGAAAAGUGAAGAUAUCACAGCUGAGAAUUGACAACCCUUUGAUAGCAAUAGUACGCGAAACACAACUGCCAAUCAUUCGAUCUGGGCCAGACACUGCCAUUUGCAGAUAUGUCAACAGAAGCGGCAACAGAGCCCUGUUGUGGCCUGGAUCAAAAAUCAUAGUCAAUGGAACCCUCGCGCUUGGAGACGCCAAGAGAUUCCACAUUACCAUCCAACAAGGUUCAGUGGAGCAGAAAUCGGAGAGCACUGCACUCCAGAUUACCUUCAACCUCCUCGCAAUGGUGGCCAGAUUUCGCAGUAAAUCGAGCCAAUCUGAUUGGCUGGGAAACCAGCAAGUGAACUUGGCCAAUCACAGAGCGGCUUUGAAUAACGAUACCCGCUCUAUUGAGGUCAUCGUGGACUGUCAGCUGGAGUUUCUUAGAGUGGCCUUGAAUGGGGGACACCUGACCAACUAUCCACACGCAAUAGACUUCACACAGGCAGACUACGUGAUCAUAUCAGGCGACAUAAAAACUAAUGCAGUUCGAGUUGCGUAAUUUAGACGUAUAAUUAUGUGAACAGUUUAAAAAUUUCAUUCAAAUGAAUUUCUGUCGACCUAAUUUACAUUCAAGAGCUUUUUUGUCGCUCGCUAGAACUCAAUAAAAGUUAUUUAAAAACAGGGAAAGAGUGUAACCUAUGAAGAACUUCAGAAUUAAAAAGCAUUCGUAUUUCAUUCUGAAUUUAAA